GAAUUUGCCACCAAUGUGUAACUCAGUAGGGAUUUAGCUCACCACCCCUCUCCUCAACCCCCGCGGCGUCUCUCUCUCUCUCAUCCUAGCCCCAGCCCCACCUCCGGCCUCGUCGGAGGUGAUUAGUCGUCGCCGGCUCUUCGACUCCCGCUCCUUCUUCGACGCCGUUUUCUCGAUCACACGACCAUGUCGGAUAUCGAGGAUUCAGAUAUUGGCAACCCUGCCGGCGGCCAAAGCGUGUCCCUUUCCCGCAAAAAAGCUAAAGAGCAUGUCGAGCAGCUGCAAAGGCUUCAAGAAAAGGAUCCGGAGUUCUAUCAAUAUCUGAAAGACCAUGAUAAGGAGCUUCUGGAGUUCAAUGACGAAGACAUUGAUGAGGAUGAAGAAACGGAUUUCGAGGCUGAUGAGGAAACUCAACCCGCUGUGGAGUCACAGAAGAAGCCAGAAAAAGCAGUUACAACUGCAAUGGUUGAUUCCUGGUGCAAAGCAAUUAAAGAAGAAAGAAAGCUUGGUGCAAUUAGAUCUCUGUUGCGGGCCUUUCGUCUGGCAUGCCAUUGCGGUGAUGACAGUGACGUCACAUCACCAAAAUUUAGUAUCGUCUCGAGCAAUGUUUUCAAUAAAAUAAUGGUGUUUGUUCUGAAUGAAAUGGAUGGCAUUCUCCGUGGUUUGCUUGGUGCUCCAAACACUGGAGGGAUGGUGUUUGUUCUGAAUGAAAUGGAUGGCAUUCUCCGUGGUUUGCUUGGUGCUCCAAACACUGGAGGGAAAAAGGAAACAAUUAUGGAUCUAACAACCACAAAAACCUGGGCGAAACAUGGCACUUUAAUGAGGAUAUAUCUUAGCAACACACUUCACAUAUUGACAGAAAUGACCGAUGAGCAGAUGAUCUCGUUCACCUUGAAACGCGUGAAGGCAUCAGGUGUAUUUUUAGCUGCCUUUCCUACUCUCUUGAGGAAAUACAUCAAGGUAGCACUCCAUUCAUGGGGCACUGGAAGAGGUGCACUCCCAAUUGUGUCAUUCCUAUUCCUAAGGGACUUGUGUGUUCGACUUGGUUCGGAUUGCCUUGAUACUUGCCUCAAGGGUAUGUACAAGGCUUAUGUGAUGAAUUGUAAAUUAUCUAAAUCUGUAAGUAGAUCAAAGCAGCAGCACAUUCAUUUUCUUGGAAAUUGUGUAACUGAACUCUAUGGAGUGGACGUACCAAGUGCAUAUCAACAUGCUUUUGUAUUCAUCCGUCAACUGGCUGUGAUAUUACGAGGCGCCCUUACUGUAAGAGGGGAUAAGGUAGUUAAAGAGAAGAAAGACAAAAAACAGCGAGAUGGAAGCAAGAGCUCCAGGAAGCAACUGGAUAAAGCAUAUCAGAAGGUUUAUGAUUGGCAAUUCAUCAGUUGUCUUGAACUAUGGACUGGAGUUAUUUGUGCCUAUAACUCAGAAGCUGAGUUCGGGCCUUUAGCAUACCCACUUGCUCAAAUAAUUUCUGGUGUAGCAUCUCUGGUUCCCACGGCUCGAUACAUCCCUCUCAGGCUUCGAUGCAUGAAAAUGCUCAACCGCCUAGCCGGAGCCACUGGUACCUAUAUUCCUGUGUCUUCACACCUUCUUGAUAUGUUGGAAAUGAAAGAGUUGCAUAAACGCUCCACUGGGGGUGUUGGUAAAGCAGUCAAUUUGCUUAGUGUUAAACAGGUUGACAAGACAACACUAAAAACGCGCGCCUUUCAGGAGGAAUGUACAUAUUAUUUGGUUGAAGAACUCGCUGAACAUUUGGCUCAGUGGAGCUAUUCUCCUGCCUUCUUUGAGCUGUCAUUUAUUCCACUUGUUAGGCUUCGAAGCUUUUGCAAGUCCACAGAUGUUGAUAGGUCUAGGAGGGAAAUAAAAGAGCUUAUACGCCAGGUUGAGGCCAAUUCAGAAUUUACUAAUUCCAAGCGUGCAACUGCUGAUAUCUCACCAGAUUUAAUAGCUAUUGAAUCCUUUCUUAAGGCUGAAAAGGAGACCGGGUCCAGCCCUCUUUCCCAAUUUGCUGAUCAAUUACGCCUGAGAGCUCAACAGAGGAUUGACGCAAUGGUGGAAUCUAGUGUUAUUGUGGGAGCAGAAUCUUCUAUAUUUAGCAGCAAAUUAUCUGAAAUUGAGGAGGAUGAAGAACAUGAAGGAGAUGAGGAAGAAGCAAAUAAUGUCUUUAGCUCAUCCUGGUUGCCUGAAAAGAAAUCCAAGGUUCCGAAGGAAAAGCCUAAAGAAUCAAAGAAGCGCAGCCAUGAAGAGUACGAGGUAGAGGGUGAUGAAGAUCUGGUUGAGGACCUGGUCUUGAGUUCAGAUGAGGAGGAGGAUGAUGACAAGUCCAAAGUCGACUCUGCUUCUGAAGAUGAAGAUCAUCCCUCACUGCAACUGUCAAAUAAGAAACGAAAGCCCGACAACUCUUCUAAACAGAAUAUUAGGAAUGGGAGGCCAGUAACGAAUUCCUCCAAAAAGAGGCGUCCUCGUCCUAAGAAGGCAAGCAAAGGUUCAAAAUAAUAACAUGUGCAAAGUUUCGAGGAAGGAAAUUUUGAGUUUUAAUAUGGGGUAUGUUUAUUGAAUGUCUUGGUCUUAAUGCUUUGUUUUUUGAUCCAUUUUUCAUUUGUUAGUUCUUGGUAAUUUAUAUGAUGAGUGUAAUUUUGUUUUUUGAUCUUGUGAAUCAAGGAGAGCAAGAAAGGUUUUAGCUUAGAAUUUUUGGCACUAAAAAUGUUAAUUCUUUUCUUUCUUUAUUGUUGUUACGAUGUAUUAUUUUAGCAAGGGAUACUCGGUCUUCAUUC